CCCAGCGGACCCGGGAGAGGCCAGCCCCCUCCCUGCCCCCCUCCUCCCACCAGGAGCGGACCCGGGAGAGACCUGCUCGACCCGGUCGCCGCCGCCGCCGCCGCCGCCGCCUCAGCGGCCCGGCGAGGCACAGGGCGAUGCUGUGAAGAGGCGCCUGGGUUUUCGGGAAUCUCCUUUGCGUUUUGUCCUCCUGGGCCCGAUGGAGACCUGCUGACCCUGUGGAAGCGUCUGACCGCACCUCCUGAGCUCUGCCCGGCCGCCCACCCCCUUCCUCCCCCCAAAACUCCUGCCUGCCUGGAAUGCUGCACGUGCCUUGCUCUGCGUCUCGCAGGACGGCUCCCGGAGGCUGCGGUGGAGCUGCAGAUUAACCAAGGCUCAAGAGCAAUUGAGGCGCUGACCUCCAGGCUGGGAGAGCAUGUCGGGCCCGGUGCCAAGCCGAGCGAGGGUCUAUGCGGACGUCAACACACAGAGGCCCCGUGAAUAUUGGGACUACGAGUCGCACGUCGUGGAAUGGGGCAAUCAAGAUGACUACCAGCUUGUUCGGAAGCUUGGCCGUGGCAAAUACAGCGAGGUCUUCGAAGCCAUCAACAUCACCAACAACGAGAAAGUUGUGGUGAAAAUCCUCAAGCCAGUAAAAAAGAAGAAAAUCAAGCGUGAGAUCAAGAUCCUGGAAAAUCUCCGAGGGGGCCCCAACAUUAUCAGCCUUCUAGACAUAGUCAAGGACCCCGUGUCCCGGACACCCGCCCUGGUCUUUGAGCAUGUCAACAAUACAGAUUUUAAGCAAUUGUAUCAGACGCUCUCGGACUUUGACAUCCGGUUCUACAUGUAUGAAAUCUUGAAGGCGCUGGAUUACUGCCACAGCAUGGGCGUCAUGCACCGGGACGUCAAGCCUCACAACGUGAUGAUAGACCACGAGCACCGGAAGCUGCGCCUGAUCGACUGGGGCCUGGCCGAGUUCUACCACCCGGGGCAAGAGUACAACGUGCGAGUGGCCUCCCGGUACUUCAAGGGCCCAGAGCUCCUGGUGGACUACCAGAUGUAUGACUACAGUCUGGACAUGUGGAGCUUGGGCUGCAUGCUGGCCAGUAUGAUAUUCCGCAAGGAGCCUUUCUUCCACGGACACGACAACUACGACCAGUUGGUGCGGAUCGCAAAGGUCUUGGGCACAGAGGACCUCUAUGACUACAUUGACAAGUACAACAUUGAACUGGACCCCCGCUUCAACGACAUCCUUGGCAGACACUCUCGCAAGCGAUGGGAGCGUUUUGUGCACAGCGAGAACCAGCACUUGGUGAGCACCGAGGCCCUCGACUUCCUGGACAAGCUGCUGCGCUACGACCACCAGACCCGGCUCACGGCCCGCGAGGCCAUGGAGCACCCUUACUUCUAUCCAAUAGUGAAAGAUCCGGCCAGGAUGGGCUCCUCCACGGUGCUCUCGGCAGCUAACACGCCCGUCAGUUCCUCCAGCAUGUUGGCAGGGAUCGCCUCCAUGUCCGCCUCUCAGCCCAUCGGCAGCCUGGCAGCCUCCCCCGUCAUCUCCUCCCCCAACACUCUGGGCUCGCCGGUCCCCGCCACCGCUGGAGCGCAGCCUUGACCUCGACGGCGCCACCUCUGGCUCCCAGCACCGCCAAGCCCGCGGCCUUGCCCCCCGCCCACCCACCUGCCUGCCUGCCUCUGCAAGGCUCCGUGGCCCCCCACCCGCAGCAGGCAGGAGGGGGACAGCGUGGGGGUGGGCAGAUGCACGGGGGGGGGGGUCCUGUCUCUGGAAUAUGAUAUUAUUAUUAUUUUCCCCCGUUUGUUUUUGUUGAGUAUGUCAAAGAGCCAAGCCUGGGCCGCUGCCGCCGCCACCGCCAUCGCUCCUCCUCCUCCCCCUCUGCGGCAACGAGCACGGACUCUGGCAACGGGCGGAGGAGGUCUGUCUCGAGGGAUGCCGGCUGCGCUCUUCCCAUCGGGGUCGUGGUUACGGAUGCAGCCGCCGUGUGGGCACCGAAGCGGAGAAUAAAAUUUAUUUUCUAUGUCCCUAA